AUGGCGGGAUCUGAGGGUCCCCUCCGCCUCCGCGACUGGCUGGUGGCGCAGAUCGAGAGCGGGCGCUACGCGGGGCUGAGCUGGGAAGACGCGGACAAGACUAGUUUCCGCGUGCCCUGGAAGCACGCGGCCAAACUGGGCUACCAGGCGCAGCAGGACGCCGCGCUCUUCAGGGCCUGGGCUGUGUACAAGGGCAAGCAUCUGGAGGGCACUGACAAGGAGAACCCCUCCGUCUGGAAGACUCGGCUCCGCUGUGCCCUCAACAAGAGCGCCGACUUCUGUGAGGUGCGUGAGCGCAGCCAGCUGGACAUCUCCAACCCCUACAAGGUCUACCGGAUCAUAUCUGAGGGCACCCAAGGCCCAGGUACCAUCCUGCCCCUGGAGGGCCAACCUGGAUUAGUCUCCAAGGAUGAAGACAAACAAUCUCCUUCCAGACUAGCCCAGGAGGGCUCCCUGCUGCCAGCCACCCUGGGCCCGAGCCCUUUGGCUGACCAUGGGUACCAGGCGCCGGGCCCCACCCACUCCUGGAGCUCCACCCUUUCAGAAGAUUUCAGCAACCCAGAUUUCUGGCUGCACGUGCGGCUGUUCUAUGGCACGGCCCUAGUGCACGAGGCCACCGUGCGCACCGCGGAGGGCUGCUGUCUGAGCCCGCGGGCCAUCCCCGCCAACGCGGCCGCCGAAUACCUGCUGGGCCCGCAGCCGCGCAUGGCGCGAGUUCACUUCCCGGAGCCGCCGCCGGGCGCCGGCGCGCUGCGCCACCUGCUGCCGCACCUGGAGCGUGGCGUGCUGCUGUGGGUGGCGCCCGAGGGCCUGUUCGCCAAGCGCCGGUGCCGGUGCCGCGUGUACUGGCGCGGCCCCCUCGCCCCGCACCGCGCGCGGCCCAACAAGCUGGAGCGCGAGCGCACCUGCCAGCUGCUCGACACGCGCCGCUUCCUGGCGGAACUGUGCGCGCACCUGCGAGCUGGCCGCCCAGAGCCUGAGUACCAGAUCCGCCUGUGCUUUGGUGAGGAAUACCCAGGCCCUCCUGACCAGCCCGAGGAGCGACUUGUCAUGGCCUAUGUGGAGCCCAUCUUCGCCCGGAACCUCCUGUUGCACUCGAAGCGCCUGGGCUCAGAGACUGGUCCCUAG